AUGAAGCCGAAGAAAUUGGGAAUCAUCGGCGGCUCCAUGUUCGGUUUCGGCAUUGUGUUCCUUACGAUCGCGUUCCCGCCGUUUCUUAGGUCGCAGAUCAAGAAACAAGUAUCGUUGAAGGAAGGCUCCGAGAUGCGUGAAUUGUGGUCGGACUUCCCUCUUCCGUUGGACUUUAAGAUUUAUCUUUUCAACGUGACGAACCCUAUGGAGAUCACAGCGGGAGCGAAACCGAUCGUAGAAGAAAUCGGUCCAUUUUUUUACGACGAGUACAAGCAAAAGGUGAAUCUCGUCGAUCGCGAGGAAGACGACAGUGUCGAGUAUAAUUUGAAGAACACUUGGUACUUCAAUCCUUCCCGUAGCAACGGGUUAACUGGCGAGGAGGAGAUCGUUAUGCCUCACCUUCUGAUCGUCAAUAUGGUCAAAAUCGUUUUGGUUGAACAACCAACUGCCAUAGGAAUAGUUUCGAAGGCGGUCGACAGCAUUUUCAAAAAACCGACGUCUGUCUUCAUGAGAGCGAAAGCGAGGGAGAUACUUUUCGACGGGAUACCUAUCGACUGCACGGUGAAAGAUUUCGCUGGGACCGCGAUCUGUAACGGCCUGAAAGAGAAGGCACCGGACGGUUUGAUACCGGUGGACGCCGAUGGCCACUACCUGCUUUCGUUGUUCGGUUCCAAAAACGGAUCGGUCGUGCCCGAGCGUAUACGUGUGCUGCGUGGUAUUAAGAAUUAUCGUGACGUCGGACGGGUGACGGAAUUCGACGGGAAACCGGCGUUGACGAUUUGGCCGGAGGAUCAUUGCAACGAGUACAACGGGACCGAUUCGACGAUCUUUCCACCGUUGCUCACGGAGGCGGACGACAUCACCUCGUUCGCGCCGGAUAUCUGCAGAAGCCUGUCCGCUCAUUUCCGGCACAAGAGCAAAGUCAAAGGCGUCAAUACGUUUCACUAUACGGCCGAUUUCGGGGACAUGAGCACGAAUCCCAUGGAAAAGUGCUUCUGUCCAACGCCUGACACCUGUCUAACGAAGAAUUUAUACGACUUAAACAAGUGUUUGGGGGCGCCACUCAUCGGCUCUUUGCCGCACUUCCUAGGGGCAGAAGAGAAGUAUGUGCAAAUGGUGGAUGGUCUCCAUCCGAACGAGGAAGAUCACGACAUGUCGAUGGACUUCGAACCAAUGACAGCGACACCGUUGAGCGCGCACAAGAGGCUGCAAUUCAGUAUAUUCCUUCAUUCGGUCGAGAAAUUCAAGCUGAUGAAAAAGUUCCCAGAAUGCCUGUUCCCGUUGUUCUGGGUGGAGGAGGGGAUUCUACUCGGCGACGAGUUCGUGAAAAAAUUGAAAGACGUGUUCAAGUUGAUGAGCAUCGUCGGGUUUUUGAAAUAUCUGAUGAUAGUCGGUGGGAUUUGUGUGGGUGGCGCGGGGGCCGCACUGCAUUACAAGAACAGAGACAAGAACUCGUUGGACGUGACGAAAGUGACGCCACAGUCGCAGGAGGGAAAGGAUAACGAGCAGAAAAAAUGGGAGCCACAGAUGAACAUCAGCACGAUACAAAGCGCGGCGGUGCCGCCUAAUUUGGACGUCAAUUAA